AUUUCGUAAUUUGGCGAUCGUUUCUAUUUUCUAAUUUUUUCCGAGUUCAGACUUUCAGAGUAGCUCUCCUCCUCACGAUCAGCAACAGCCAACAGUAAGAAACGGUGACUUGCGGCUAAAGAAGAAAUCCUUUUUCACAAUUCACUUGUCGUGGAAUUGCUUCGACAUUAACCCAUAAGGUUUGGUGGCCUUUACUCUUUAGUAAGUUGGAGUUUAAAUCUAUAAGAUGAUUAAAAUCGAUAACUUAUCGCCUUCAAAAAUGGAUGAUACUGAUAGUAUGUCAGACGAUGAAGAUGAAAAUUUGACUUAUGAACAACAAAGAGAAAAAAGAAUGAAAAAAAAUGAAGAAAUGUUGGAUAUACUUGGUGUAAAUCAGGCUGCAAAAACAUUGGUUAGUUCCUUACAAAAACAGACACCAGUUAAAAAAGCUAAACCAGUUAAAAAUACAAGCUUAAAACCUGAGAGACGUUCAUUGAGAAUAGCUAAUUUGCCUGCAUCUGAAGAAUAUCAUCUCCCUGGAGAAUCUGAAUUAAAAUCUAACAAUUCUGAAAGUUCUAAGAAAUAUGAUUCUUACGAAACUAAUUUUAAAGAUCAAAGUUCUAUAUCAAUACCAGAAGAAGACUCUGAUUUUGUUGAAAAACUGAGUGAUGACUUAGCCAUUAAAGAAGCUGUUAAAGAUUUUCAUCUGUUACCAAGUCAUAAAUUUGUUCAUGUAUUGAAAAGUCUGGAUAUGUAUACACCAUCACUAAAAGUGUGUGAAAAACGUAUCUACUCUCUUGCAAUUCAUCCAUCAGAAACUUCUUUGAUAGUUGCAGCAGGGGACAUGAGAGGAAACAUAUCAUUGUACAACAAUAGAAAUUCAGAAAUGCGUGAGUAUAGACUUCAUGAUGCUCCUGUUAAUUGCAUUUCAUUUUGCACAUGGGAUUCACACAAGUUGUUUUCAACUAGUCAUGAUGGGUCGGUCAGAUGUGGUGACAUUGUUAAACGAACUUUUAAUAUUAUAUAUAAGACAGAAUGGAAGAGUCAAAGUAAAUCAAAAAUGAACCAUGCCACAUGGCACACUGAAUUUGAAAGAAAUCUUCUCAUAGGAAAUGGUUCUGGUCAUGUAGAUUUGGUUGACACACGAACACCAGAUAAAAUUAUUAACACUGCCUGGUGCCAUGAAAGAUCUGUGCGUACAGUUCAAUGCCACCCAUUGGAAAAACAUCACUUUUUAACUUCAUCUGGAAUUGGAGAAGUUUCCUUGUGGGAUAUAAGAAAUAUGACUGACCAAUCAAUUAAUCCAGUUUUACAAUUUGAGCAUCCUAAAUCAUUGACAAGUGCAUUUUUUUCUGCCUCUGGUACUAAGAUGGUGUCAACGUGUAACGAUGACAACAUUAGAAUCUUUAAUACUGAUAGAUUAAAUUCAAGUGCUACAAAACCCAUAAACAUAAUUCCACAUAACAAUCAUACGGGACGUUGGCUUUCUGUAUUUAAAGCUAAAUGGAAUCCUGGAAGAGAUAAUGAAUUCUUCGUUGGAUCAAUGCUAUCACCAAAAAGAAUUCAAGUUUAUAAUUGUGCCGGACAUGUAUUGCACAAUCUAAUGUCUACAGAUAUGACUACAUAUUGUUCAGUCAUAGAAGUACAUCCCACUCAGGCUAUUUAUGUCGGAGGAAAUGGAUCUGGUCGUUUGCAUAUAUUUAGCACCAAGGAACAACUAACAUAAAACGUUAUUUUACUAAUUUAUUGAUUUAUACUUUUUUUAUACUAAUAUAUAAGCAAAACAAUUUUUUUUUUACAAACACGUCUAUAGUUUAUUAAGGCUUAUAUUAUUAUAUCUUUCCUACUUGAAGUAAAAAAAACUAUCAUUCUUUAAAUGAUAUUCUGUAAUAUACUAACAUGUACAAUGUAUAUAAGUUGUAGCCUUGGCACAUUAUUUUACAAAUGUUUGGUUGCCCUCCUAAUUGAUAAUACUGCCUGUAUUUUUUAUAUUUAUAAUGUAUCUCUAAAAUUUGUUAAAACAUCUUCUGUGUAUGUAUUAGUAUUAAACCAUAAUAAAUAGAAUACAUUUGGAACA